UGGACUGGUGUGAUUGGAGGGAAACCCCGUGGAUUACAUUCAGACGGACGGGCUGAGAGAAUCAGCUGUAGCUUGGUACACGGACAUCACCGCUAUCUGCCAGUACUCAGUGAGCAGUCAUGACCGAGGCACCCCAGAAGGAAUUGGUGCAAAAGGCCAAGUUGGCCGAGCAGGCUGAGCGCUAUGACGACAUGGCUGCUGCAAUGAAGGCUGUGACAGAGGAAAACAAUGAGCUGACAAACGAGGAGCGUAACCUGCUGUCGGUGGCCUACAAGAAUGUGGUGGGUGCUCGCCGCUCCUCUUGGCGUGUGGUUUCCAGCAUUGAGCAGAAGUCUGAGAGCAGCGAAAGGAAGAAGGCCAUGGCCAAAGAGUACCGGGAAAAAAUUGAGCAAGAGCUGAAAGACAUCUGCCGAGACGUGCUGGGUCUCCUGGAUACUUAUCUCAUUCCCAAGGCUGUUGCAGCAGAGAGCAAAGUCUUCUAUUUGAAAAUGAAAGGAGAUUACUUCCGCUACUUGGCUGAGGUGGCUACAGAAGAGGAGAAGACAGCCAUCAUUUCAGACUCAAAGGCCGCCUACCAAAAUGCCUUUGAUAUCAGCAAAGAAGAGAUGCAGCCCACACACCCAAUCCGUCUUGGUCUUGCCCUGAACUUCUCAGUUUUCUACUAUGAGAUCCUGACCUCACCUGAAGAGGCCUGCCAGCUGGCAAAAAAUGCUUUUGAUGAUGCCAUUGCAGAGCUCGACACACUGAGCGAAGAUUCGUACAAAGACAGUACACUAAUCAUGCAGCUACUGAGAGACAACUUGACACUGUGGACCUCUGAUAACCAGGGUGAAGGAGAGGAUAUAGAGGAGCCCAGAGAUUGAGCAACCCCCAUAGCCAUCCCCGUCUACCUGCCAUCGUCCCGGCUCAUCUUCAUCACGAUCAUCAACACUGACACCACCUCAUGAUCAUCAUUGUCGUCCAACUCUCUCCCAUCUUUUUCUAUUUAGUUCUCUCAACACAUCUCACUCCUAUCGGUUUACUAUUCCUCUUUUGUAGUAACUGGGUGGAAAGGGGAUGGGGAGGGAGGGUAAGUUUUAAAUUGUGUGGCGGGAGGGUCCAUGUGGAAGGGUAAAGUGUGUUUGGGGUUGGGUCACUUGUCUGCUGACCUUCUUUUGUGUGGGAGCAAUAGAGGUGGUGUGUAAGAGAGCAAGUUCUCAAAUCAUGAAACAUGCAGCAGGUUGAGUUUUUAGAGUCAGAAAACUGUAUUCUGUACGUGUAUCCUAUUCAUAUUAACGGUCCUGUUCUUGAUUAACACCAUCUUUUGAUGAUAUCUGUGGUUUCACAAAAUCAGGAGUUAGCUCCUCACACCUUAGGAGACAGCAGCUGUUAGUUUGUACUUGGCAGGAGGAAUGACGUGGAGAUGUAACGGGGUGUGCUGGAGACAGAAGGCAAGGUUUUGUUGGAACACAAAGGUUACAUUCCAUUUACUGUCAGUUUCUCAACUUUCUACUCUUUAUUAUUUUGUUUUGUUUUGGGGUGACCUGCUUUUGUAUUUCUAUGUAUCAAUUACGAGGUAUAGAAAACUUUGAGGAACAAAAGAGCACACAAGCUUGUUAUUGUUGUUUUUAUGAGCACAGCAGUAAAAAAAAAAAUAAAAAAUCCCACGUGCUUAUCUAGUUACUGCUUUUUCAAAUUACGAUUUUUAUUUGUUUUGUCUUUUAUUCUCCUUUUUUUUGUUUCAAUACUUGCCUAAACUGCAUGUUGGUAGUUUGUGGAGAUGUAAGGAAGGUUGUUGUCGGGCGGGCUAGUUUUGUUCAUGUCUUUGGAAUUUUCAUACAGAACACCCAAGCAUAACUGUUAUUUGGGGGGAAAUGUGUAAUUUCAUGUAAGUGGAAUAAAAAAAUAAUUUAAAAGUU